AUGACGACCCUAUCGGAGAAGAGGUCGGCCAACGCGGUGGGCGGCAAGACGGCCCGCGCCUGCGACAGCUGCCUCCGCCGCCGCGCGCGCUGGUACUGUGCCGCCGACGACGCCUUCCUCUGCCAGAGCUGCGAUACCUUGGUCCACUCCGCUAACCCCCUCGCACGCCGGCACGAGAGGGUCCGCCUCAAGACCGCCUCUUCCUCUUCCCCGCUCCCUCCCUUCAAGCAGGCGGCGUUGCCCACCGCCCCUUCAUGGCACCAGGGCUUCAAGCGGAAGGCCAGAACCCCGCGAGCUCGGCACACAGCGAUGGCGCCGGCGGCCGCCAAGUCAGAGCCGCUGGUGCCCGAUUUCGAGGCCACCUCCCUCGACGAGACCGCGGAGGAGGAGGGAGAGGAGGAGGAGGAGGAGCAGCUUCUGUAUCGCGUCCCCAUCUUCGACCCAGUUCUCGCCGAGUUCUGCUCCAGCCACGUCUCCGACGAUAGCGCCGCCACGUCCUCCGGGGAAGCCAAGCCGGCGAUGAACCCGUCUCCAAAAUACGCCUCUUCGCCGGGGGGGUUCGUCAACGCACUGCCCGGUUUCUCCCCCUCCGACGUUGACAUAGGGGAAUUCUCAGCCGACGUGGAGAGUCUGCUAGGUCGCGUCCUCGACGAGGAUGCUUUCAGCAUGGAAGGGCUGGGGCUGAUGGAAGCCGGCGGCGACGGCGCCGACUGCUGCUUUGGCGGCGGCGGGUACGUGAAACUGGAGACUUCCGACGGCGACGACCCAAAUGGGGAGACCCUCGAUCUGAAUUUCGAAUGCGGCUCUCCGGCUCCGACGCCGGCAAAGCUGGCGAUGCCGCCAGCGAUGGGUGCGUCGGUGAAGAGGAGGAUCACGCUGAGGCUAGACUACGAGGGAGUCAUCGACGCGUGGUCGUCUACGCAGGGAUGCUCCUCGCCGUGGACAAACGGGGCGCGGCCCCAGAUCAACCCUGACGAGUGCUUGCCAGACUUCAUGGUGAGAAAACACUCUCCUGGUAGUGACGGAUUCCAAUUCUCCAUCCAAUGUGUGAUUCAAUCGAUCCUUUGGAGUUAUUUUUACUGAAUUAUGAAUUGGUGUUACAGGGGAUGUGGGGGGAGGCGCCCGGAUUGGCCUACGGCGGGGAGAUGAGCGGGGGAGGGGACGGCGGGCCGGGCGGCGGCGGCAUGGGCGGCGCUCAGGGGGCGGCCGGCGACGGCGGAAGAGAGGCGAGGGUGUCGAGGUACAGGGAAAAGAGGAGGACGAGGCUGUUCUCAAAGAAGAUACGGUACGAGGUGAGGAAGCUCAACGCCGAGAAGAGGCCCCGCAUGAAGGGCCGGUUCGUGAAGAGCGCCUCCUUUGGCGGCGCCGCCGGUGCCCCCGCCGGAGUUGCACCACAGCCCGCUUUUGCUUUCUGA